AUGACGGACACUUCAAACUCGGGCGGCUCCACGCCCAGUCGCUUUACUGCGCAGGCAGUGAGCGCGGAGGAUCGUCUCAAAGCGGACACAGUCGGACUGGUCACACUGGAUGAUUUCCGCAAGCGACGAGCAGAAGCACUCGAGGCCGAUAGCAGUGCGCCAGGGAGCGGAGCGGACACUCCUGACGGACGGUAUGUGUUGCAUGACCUCUGGUGAAGAUGUGAGUACUGACAGCCCAAGCACAGUGAUGCAGCUGCCAAACCGACUUUCAAGAAGAGGAAGAAGGCCGUGAAGAAGGGCGGGCUAUCAUUUGGCGUCGAUGAUGAAGAAGGCGACACCGGCAACGUCUCUACAGCAAAGACCACGACCGAUACGAACACACCUCAAGAUGGCGCCGAUUCGGAAGCACCUUCAGACACUUCCAGGAUGACGUUCAAGAAGAAGAGCUUGCGACCGAGUUCCGCGGUUGAAUUACAGCCCAAAGCCAUGACGAAGUCUGCCAUGCUUAAGGAAGCGCAGCUGAAAGAGCAGUUGAAGAAGGAGUUCGCUCAGAUUCAAGAGGCUGUGAAAGCGACGGAAUUCGCAAUCCCGUUUGUCUUCUACGAUGGCAAGAACGCGACGGGCGGAGUCUGUCGCAUGAAGAAAGGCGACCAUGUCUGGCUCUUCUUGGAGCGAGCAAGGAAACUGGGCGCAAAUUUGGCUGUGAAAGGAGACCGAGCAAGAAGAGACUGGGCUCGAAUCUCCGUCGACGAUCUCAUGGUCGUAAAGGGAGACAUUAUAAUACCUCACGUAAGUGAACGUCACAUCCACCGCGGAGAGUGGUCUUUUCGACCGUGACUGACAUUUCUUCGUUUCCAGCAUUACGAAUUCUACUACUUCAUCAUCAACAGAACAAUCGGGUAUCAAGGUCCUCUAUUCUCCUACUCCGCCGAACCAACGCCUGCGACACCAACCAACCUCCUCCCUUCAAACUUGAAAUCUUCCUCGGCGACGCCCGAACCUGAAACGAGUGCGAGUCUUCAAACCGCCGCGCAGCGCAGACAGCAAGCUGCGAUCCCCUCCGGUCCUCCCGACUCCCAACUCGAAGGCUUUGACGACGAUCCGAAUGCGACGAAGGUGGUGAAUCGUCGCUGGUAUGAGCGGAACAAGCAUAUCUACCCAGCGAGCACGUGGGAAGAAUUCGAACCGGAGAGAGACUACUCCUCUGGUGUGCGGAAGGACAAAGAUGGGAAUGCCAUGUUCUUCUCCUGGUGA